AUGUAUUUAUAUGAAUUCUAUCUAUAUCUCAUUAUUACUUUAUUGAUAUAUGAUAUUUAUGGACAAAAUCAAUUCUAUUCAUCAUUACGUCCAAGACGUUUAUUACCAGCUGAUUCAUAUACAAUAUUAGGACAAGCUGGUUUAAGACGUUUAGGUCAAUGUAAUAUUACAUAUGCAUGGUUAACAUCACCACCAACAUCAAGUUUAGAUGCAUAUGGUCAUGCUACAGCAUGUAAAAGAUUACAAUUAUUCAAUGGUGAAAUAAUCCCUAUAUCAUCUAAUGAUUAUUUAAAUAAUAAUGAAGAAGAUUUAAAUCAAGCUGAAAAAGAAUUAAAAUAUAUUAAUCAUGAAUGGUCAGCAUCAUUAAUUGAUUUAGAACGUUUAGAUUUAUUAAUACGUGCUGAAGGAAUUAGUCUAACUGAAUCCAAACAAUUAGCUAAUGAUCCAAGAUAUUUUUUUCUUGCUAAUCGUAUUGGUGAUUUAAAUUUAAUGGCUGUACUUCGUCCUGAUAAACAAUUAAAACUUGAAUUAAUUAAUCCAUUAGCAUCAGAACAAUUAGUAUUAACACCACAACAUGUACUUUGUUUACGUAAACAAUGUCCAACUAAUAUAAAUGAUAUAAAUAUCAAUAUAACAAAACAAGAUAAUAUAAGUAUUAUUAAUGGAAUGAAUAAUAUAGUAUUAACUAAAACUAUUGAAAGACAAAAUCGUGAAUUAUAUAUGCAAUUAGUUAUAUCACGUGUUGCAUGUGCUUUAAUUAGUUUUAUGUGUGUUGUAUUUGCAAUGACAUCAUUAACAUUAUGUAUACGUCUUAGACAAAAUCCAAAUUAUAUUAAAAAACAUAUAAUACGUUCAUCACAAGCAAGUAUUUGUAAAGAAUCUCAAUCAUUAUCUAAACCAUUUUGUCAAUUAAAUGGUAAAAUAAAUAUGAAUCAAAUAUCACCAUUAUUUAUUACAGAACAAUCAUCAAGACAUUAUGGAAUAACACAGAUACCAAGUGAAACAGCUAGUAUGAAUAAUAUUGUUAUGACAGCAAGUAAUAUAAGUACAUAUGAUCCACAUAAUACUAUACAAAAUAUUCCUAUUUCUUAUUCUACAUUCAAUACACAAUAUGCACAUAUAUCAAAUUAUCCAAUGAAUGGUACAUCUACUAUUCCAUCAUAUAAUGAUAAUUCUGGUUUAAUUACAAUUUAUCCAAUACCAUCACAUAGUUCAAUUAAUUCAAAUCAACAUAGUUUAUUAUUUCAAUGUCAAAAUGGUUCAAUUAGUCCAGCACCAUCAAAUCAUUCUGAUAAUAAAAAUAGUAUUUCACAUACUGGUUCAUUAGGUAGAUAUUCACGUAAUAGUGUUUGUUAUGGAGAUAGUACACGUAAGAAAUUAUUAUAUCAAAUUAAAAAAUCACAUCAAAAUUCAUUACAAACAAUGAAACAACAACCAAAUGAUUUGAAUAUAUCAUUAUCAAAUAAUCGUCCUAUUCCAAUAGUUCAACAACACCCACAACAUCCACAACAACCACAACAACCACAACAACCGCAACAACUUCAUCAAUCUAUAAAACAUGAUGAUAAUAUAUCCGGUAAACCGGAUGAUUUAAUCUCUUUUCAAUAUACACCUAAUUUUACAACAAUAAUACAUCGUUAUCCAACAGAAUUACAAUAUAAUGAUAUGAAAUCUAUUCCUAAUAUAGAUAUGGAAGAAACUAAUUCAGAUAUAAUCAAAUCUAAUAAUUUUAAUCAUAUAAAUGAACCAUCUAUUAAUGUUAUACGUAAACCAGCUCAUGUGAAUUAA